ACCGACCUUGGAAUGUUUCUUGCCUUUGUGCGACGACAAAAGGAAACUUGAGCUCGCACACAAAAACGACUUUUUAUGCCUCAUCGAUCAUCAUUCAUAACAUUGUUUGCCCUGUGCUAAUGGCUAGUGCUAGGAAGCGUCUCGGAUUGUUCAAUGUUCUCACCAUCGUCGCUAUUCUCCACGCUAACGCCUCGAGGCAGCUGUCUUGCCUCGUUCGGAGGCUUGUCCAUGCCAGAAUUCCACUGAAUCUCCAGCGUCUGAAUUCUUGUGCUCGGGAGGUUUCUGAUGGGUUACAAUUGAAGCCUCGUGCCAGUGGUCGGACGGACAACACCCCCUUCUCGAGCCGAGCCUGAACGGCAGGAAUGCGUUCAUAUAGACGGCGUUCCCAUACCUCAACAUGUCAUUCUGAACUUUAGAUUUUUGUGGACCCUGCCCCCCCCCCCCCUGUUCUUUUCUUCUAGGUUCUUCUCUCCCCCCCGGCGGUCGUCCUUGCUUGCUUGCUUACACGUUUCCUCUUCUACGGCUGCCCUUCAACGCAUCUCUCCCAGCUGCGCCACCUACCUCUACAUUCUAUCCCCAUUUCAUUUUCUGUUUCUCGACUCGACUGAUCUUGUGUCUGGGGCAUGACGACUACUACUACGACUUUGUUCUCUCCUCCUGCUCAUCACGUUGAGCGUGCUUUGCAUUCGUUGCCUGUUUCUUUGCUUGAGGCAGUGGCUUCUGCCAAUGAGAAUGCCGUCUUGCGUGCUCUACAGGAUGGCGCUGAUAUAAAUGCCAGUGAUCCAAAUGGCCGAACCGUCGUUGGAUAUGUUAUUGGAGGCGAUAUAUGGGAGGAUGUCGACGCGUCCGACGCGUCGUAUAUGCUGCCAAAGCGGUUGCGGAUCCUAAGGACCUUACUGGGGCACCCUGAAAUCUCCCUUCAUACUUUGAACGCGCCCCAAGCUGCUCUGCGUGGGGUUACUCCUUUAGGCUUAGCCGCUUGGUUGAACGUCCCUGAGAUAGUCCGUUUGAUACUCGAGUGCUGUCCCGGUCUAGUCUCGGUAGACGGAAUGGACUCUUUGGGGGCGACACCUCUUAUGUAUGCCGCUCGUGACGGCAGCAUCGAAGUGGUGGAACAACUGGUAUCGCAUGGUGCUAGACCAGACUAUAGGGACAUAAGUCACCGGACUUCUAUUCAGCACGCUCUUCGGCAUCCACAGGCCUUAUGGUUAUGCGAAAGUGCUCUUCGAAUUCACAGAGCCCAAGAACAGAUCGCUGAACCCCAUAAAAGAUCACUCACUGACUUGCCAACACUUGACGAGCAUUUUGUCAGUAUGCCCCACCCAAGCUGUCCCCCCCAGCUUCUGCACCCGUCUCAGCAACAACUCUACGACAUCACAGAUUCAUUGAUUCACGCCAUUUCAUGCACGGAUGUACAACAGCUGUAUCACUUGCUCUUUUCCCCUCUCUCUUCAUCCUCACAACCUCACUCGUUACCUCCAACUCUUGUAAAUCAUCCAGACUCCCGUGGUUGGAGUCCCAUCCACCAUUGCGUCUCCGCAUCCUCACCCUCCAAAACUAUGCUCGACAUACUCUACCGUGCCGGCGCUGAUAUGAGCUUAUAUACGACCUCAGGUCACGGCACACCCUUACAUUGUCUCGCGCACAAAGCUCCUGCAUCUACUCCGGCGACCAUUCAACCUUUCAUCCGGCAUCUUGUUUUCGACCUCCGGGCACCGCUCGCAGCCAGAGAUCAGAACAAGGACACCUGUAUACAUAUCGCCGCUGAACGUGGUGAUAGUUACGAAGUGCUUGCUGCUCUGCUCGCUUGUGAUCCAACCGGAGUCGUCCGCGAAAUGCGUAAUUCCAGAGGUUUGAACGCUUUGGAGGUAGCGAAGCCUGAGUUUCGCGCUGCAUUUGGCACUGCGGAGCAAGAUCGUUGUGGCUCUUCUGCUUCCAUCCGGACCGUGAAGCCUUCCACAACUUCGACCCGGUCAGAAUCUUCUUUGGCUAGCCUGGUAGCUGCGAACUUGCGACGGCAGCAUAUGGCCGAACGAAGCGGUCAUUCCGUAGACUGCUCAGAAGAAACUCAACCUGAAAUUUCAACUUUGGCUCUUCGCAUCCUUGAUAACCUUCGACAAACUUCACAAGGUCUAGAAGGUGAUGAAGAAUUGGUCGAUGUCCAUCUGAUUGAAUCUAUACUCCGGGCGACUUCCGAAAUGAGCGAAGAGCUUGUUGUCCAUCUACAGUCUCGCGUCAACGAGGUCACCGAUGACCUUCAGGGCGCUCGUGCGAAGUUCGAAGUUGUGGAUGGGCUGCUGGAUGAGGUCACACGACUAGUGGAGGACACUUACGGUGAACGAUUCGAGGAGCUUGAACGGGCUUGGGAUAGCCCAGAUUCCAUACGUCGUCGUACGACGGACUCUGGGGAUUCUGGGUCCACUGCGGUGUCUAGCGUCACAUCCGAGUUGGGUCUCAUGACAUCGAAGGACCAGGUGGAAAAAGAAAAAGUCGACGUCGCUGUGUCGACGUGUCCGGAAUCGGUGCUCGUUGAAUCACCUCCCGUCACGGUUCACACUGCCUCUUCGCUUCAUUUCAGCGAAGUCCAAAACAUUGCAGCUGUCUCGCCUUCGGUGACCGAAUAUCAGUUAAGCCGACUCGCACCCAUCGCCGAGGAGAAGGGGUUAAUGAAGAUCAUGUCACCUUGGAUCGUUCCCCCUCGAAAGAAGAGCAAGACAAAUCUGAAAGCAAAAAGCUAUGAUGAUCUCAGAGUGACAUCCUCGCUCUCGUUAGUCGGCGAUUCUGAUCGAAAAGAUACCCUAUCUUCAAGAUCGAAGUUCAAGGCAUGGUUCAAGAAAAAGAUUAUGCCGGAUGCACCACCUGCUCGACUUCUUAUCGUGGAGGAUGUAGAUGAGCUUGCGUGCGCCGUAGGACGCGAGGUCAAACGACCUACACCUGCUCCAGAUCCUCCCGUUCCGAAGCUUUCGACUGGCACCCCGGAAUCAAGAAACGCCGCACUCACAGCAGCUCGUAAAAUCAUCGCCACUUCAAGUAAGGACCUUUCUCGAAUCGAUCAAUGUAUAACAUCCGCUGACAAGUAUAUCAGCCGAGCAAACCGCUCUAUCGCCCAGGCCGAACAAACCCUAACGAGAUGCAUCGCGGUAGCAACGAGAAACAGCAUUAGACCGCGUUAGCCUCAUUCAGCAGAUGAAUGAAAUGCAGCACGCUCUACACGACAUCGUCUUGUCUUCUUCGACCGGUUCCGAGGACAUACCUUUCCCUGAAGCGUCCGAUUUCCUCCCCAUCACAAUUCCGACAUCGACCCGAAACAGUCAGCUCGUUUUCCCUCGUCCACCGCUUUCGUCCAAGUCUUCCGUGGUGUCUCUAACGUCAACUCUCAAUGAGGGUGAUGACGGUGAUCUACGGGCAUUACGUAGACUCAUCACUCGGAAGAUCGACGAACGGACAGAAGCCGCAGGUGAAGAGAUUGAGAAGGCGAUGGAUUGGCUUCGUGUUGUAAAAGACAUCGUUCAGGGCUUGAGGAAACGGACGUAGAACGUUAGUGUACGUUUUGGACUUUGUAGCAUACCUUAUUGAUGUAUGUAUUCCGUACGUAGUUGUAACAUAUAUGUGCUAUAUUGUCCCAUAGUUUUUUUUAUGGAUGCUUGCGGUUGAUCAGGCGAAGAGGAAAAUGACUGAUAUUUGACUGGCCGCUUGUUGCCGUGAGCCGAUGAAUGACGGGUGGUGGGCCGAGACGUAUACUGUAAUGCAAAUAUGUCGUUUACCUAAAUCGUAGGAAAUCGGUUUGGGAGAAGAGAAGAGUUUUGUCGAUGGUAUCCGAGAAGAACUUCUGAAAACCAUGUCAUCAAUAUCUGGGCAUAACAAGGUUGCCGGAAUGAAUGUGCACAGGACUUCUGGAGGGUUGUUUUAUCAAGGUUAUUGGAAACGCAAUAAGCCCAUGCCAGCCUUGCCUGCAACUUGGUAUAGACAUACGCCUACGGAUCUCACUUUGUACGUCUAGGUUUAGAACGCGUAGAACAUUCAUUGUAUCUCUCUAGCCUCAAAGAUCUAGAGCAGUGCAUGUAAUUCAAAAUAAAACAUAGUUUAAAAUGG